UUCUCCGUUCUAUUUAGGAAGACCAGAACGAGCUGGUUGAAAAUCAAGUACGGUCUUGACUGACGUAGAAUGCGUCCAAAAUGACGGACCUUCUUUCCUGUUCAGGAAGUCUCCCAGUGGCAUUGCCAAACGUUGAAUCGUAGUUCAACCACAACGUUAAGAUGUCGGGAGGAUUGGACGCGUUAGCUCUGAAGGAGGAUGACGUUACCAAGAUGUUGGCCGCGUGCACUCACCUGGGCAGUGACAACGUCAAUUUCCAGAUGGAACAGUACGUCUACAAACGACGUGCCGAUGGUGUGAACAUCAUCAACCUCCGUCGUACUUGGGAGAAGCUUUUGUUGGCUGCUCGUGCUAUCGUGGCGAUCGAGCACGCCAGCGAGGUUUUCGUUAUCAGUUCUCGUCCCUACGGUCAGAGGGCUGUUCUUAAGUUCGCCGCCCACACCGGCGCUACGCCAAUUGCCGGACGUUUCACGCCCGGAGCGUUUACCAACCAGAUUCAGGCUGCUUUCCGGGAACCUCGUCUGCUGAUCGUUACCGACCCUGUUACCGACCAUCAACCCAUCACUGAAGCCAGUUACGUGAACAUCCCUGUAAUUGCAUUCUGCAAUACUGACUCGCCUCUGAGAUUCGUUGACAUCGCAAUUCCGUGCAACACUAAGAGCUGGCACAGCAUCGGGCUGAUGUGGUGGCUCCUGGCACGUGAGGUACUGCGUCUCCGAGGGUCCAUUCCUCGCGAAACCAAAUGGGAAGUCGUGGUCGAUCUCUUCUUCUACAGAGAUCCAGAUGAGGCUGAGAAGGACGAACAAGCAGCAAAGGAGAUCGCAGCACCGGCAAAAAUGGACUUCAUCAGCAGCGCCGAAGCUCCGCCUACCACUGAGGCUGGAUGGGCUAACGAGGUUGCUGUUGUUCAAGCGACUGAAAACUGGGCAGACGACACUGGUGCUGCACCCGCAGUUGUUCCCGCAGCUGGUGCACCUGCUGCCUUUGCACCCAAUGAGGACUGGGCUUCGCAGGUACAAGACGAGUGGUCGGCUACCCCGGCUGCCGCCACCGCAGCUGCUGCAGCACCUGCUCCUACCCAGAGCUGGGGUGGAGCACCGACUGAAAAAUGGUAAUCGCGCUGCUUUCAGAGCUGUCGCGUGUUACUAAAUCACCUUGUAAUACAAUACAAUAAUAAAGUGAAUAACUAAAUCACA